AUGUACAGAGAGGAUGAAGUAUCGGCUAUAGUGAUAGAUCAAGGGUCUCAUACUUACAAAGCUGGUUAUGCCAGCGAAGAUGCUCCUAAAACCGUGUUUCCUUCUGUUGUGGGGUCCAUUGAUAAGAUGGAUGCCGCUAAUGUUAACAACGAAAACAACAAUUUUGAGACUAAUAAUAGUAAUGUUGAUUCCAACAAACCCAAGAGAAGAUGCAGAUUGUAUGUAGGCUCUCAAGCCUUGGAUUUUCGACACGAUUAUAUGAAAAUGCUGUUUCCCCAAAAGGAUGGGGUUAUUAUUGAUUGGGAUAUUUUUGACAGCAUAUGGGAUCAUGUUUUCAAGAAGUGUUUACUCGUUGAUCCUAAGGAACAUCCAAUGCUACUUGCGGAGCCAUUUUCCAACACUCAACAGUAGAGAGAGAGGACAGCGUAACUCAUGUUCGAAAAGUAUGAAGUUUUUGAUUUAUUUUUGGCCAAGAAUAUGGUUCUUACAUCUUUUG